CUGUAUAAAUGAAUGCCUUGUCAGAUUUAAUCGAGUACAUUAGGACUCUAGCGUUGUAAUAAUGAUUGACCGUCCUUUUCACAUAUGUACACAAGAGAGAAAGAAUUUUUAAUCGAAGAAUAAAAGCGCAGAAUCAAAGAGCGCAGGUCUCUUACGACCAACGGUGUCGACCGCGAACCAAGAAAAUGAACCUGCCAAGUAUGGGUGGUGGGCGGUAGGCUGUGGAAGGUAAGGUGAAACACAGGGAGUCACGCAAAGCAACCCCCGUGAAACGGAAGUGGUUCGAGGAACGUUCCCGUAGCGUGGCGGAUCAGUCAGUCUUGCAGGAUGAGGCGCGUGACAUGGUUGCUUUUCGCGUCGGUUUUGCUUCUCGUCCAAAGGAUCCAUCUCAUCCGCGCUCAGCGGACCCAUGCACGACAGGGUUUCAAUCGAGAUCGCGAGACCGUGACUGUUACGAUACCGAACCAAGGAACCGUUCUCGGCAAAGAGGCAAUUAUCGGCAAUUCAAUAAGAGUGACGCAGUACCUCGGCAUCCCUUACGCACAACCCCCGAAAGGUGAGCUCCGCUUCGCGCGGCCGGUGACGGAUCCUCUUCCCUCUUGGAACGACGUGAGAAAUGCAACGCAAUUCGCGCCGUCGUGUCAGCAGGUCAGGGGCCCUCUCAAAUUACACGAGAAAUUGUACAAACAAUUGCUACCAUCGGACACACCCGAUCCGGGAUUCAGCGAGGAUUGCCUCUUCUUGAACAUCUUUGUUCCUGACGGAAGCCGCCAAAACGAGCGAUGGCCAGUGAUGGUUUGGUUCCACGGAGGCGACUUUAAUACCGGAACUCCAGCAAUUUGGGACGCUUCCAUAUUCGUUAUGAAACAGAAGGUGCUAGUGGUGACGGUGGCGUAUCGAUUAAACAUCCUGGGAUUCUUCACGACGACAGACUCCGAGGCACCCGGCAAUUACGGUAUAUUCGAUCAAAUCGCCGCCCUCGAUUGGGUAAAACGAAACAUCAAGUACUUUAACGGCUCGCCCAACAACAUCGUUAUCUACGGCCACAGUUCCGGCGCGAUAAGCGUAGGCCUGCACAUGCUGAGUCCGCUCAGCAGGGGCAAGUUCAACAAGGCCAUCGCCAUGAGUGGCGACGCCAUCGGUUCCGUUCGUUCGCCGGCAGCGGAAUCUCAGGUCGUAAAGGUCAUAGCCGACAAGUUUGGGUGUUUCAGACAACCGACCAGCGCGUUGAUGGAGUGCCUGCGCCGACUCGACGCAGAUUUCAUCGUCAAGCACUCCUCCGACAUCGAGACCUGGGGCCCAAUUGUCGAUGCAGAGACAAACAAUGAGACGGAACCUUUUCUUCCGCAACACCCGACGGAUAUCUUGGAUAGCGGUAAUUUCAACGCGGUCCCGUUGAUUGUCGGUUACACGAAGAACGAACAAGCUCUGGCACUUAUAGAAUCCACGAAUGGACAGAGUUUGGAGAACGGACUAUCCCCGGAAAAGUUUGAAACAAUGAUCGUAGACGACUUCUCGAUGGUGGUGCCAAUCUCGGAUGAGAAUAGCACCUGCGAGUCAAAGCCCGAGAUGGUGACAAACGCGGUGCUGUUCUUCUACAAGCCGUAUCCAUCCACGAGAAAUGCGACGGUGUUUCGCGACCGAUAUUUGGAUUUGCAAACAGAAAAGACUUUCGCGGCCGGUCUGACGUUGCUGGCCGGCAAAGUGGCAAAACAGGCGGCGACAUUUGUCUAUCGAUUUGAUUACCGUGCCAAGACACAACCGGUCACGAAAGAUGUACCGGAAUGGGCAGGCGUGCCCCAUAUGUUCGAACUACCGUUCGUCUGGGGUUUACCGUUUCACAUAAGCAGCACGAUGCAAUGGGUGCCUAAUGACAGGAAAAUGUCCGACACGAUGAUGACGAUGAUGGCGACAUUUGCCAAGACUGGCGAGCCUUCCAUCACAGGCGGGACUGGGCCACCAGUCAAGUGGGAGCCCUUCACGCAGGACAAUCCGGGGAUCUUAAUUAUCGACAGAAAUAUCGAAAUGGACGCGCCGAACGAGGUGGAUCAUAAGGCGCUCGCGUUCUGGAACGAUUAUUAUCCGCAAGUUGUUGAAGAAGCGACGACCUGUUGCAACAUCACGAAUACGGCACGGAGACUAUUUUCUUACAGCGUAUAUCUCAGCGGCAUGAUGACUACCAUGGCGUUACAUCUCUUCUGGUUCUAGCUACAAACAUACAGCAAAUAUUUAAAUAAACAAAAAAACAUGUUGCGCUCGCAGUUGAAUUUUUUUAAUAGACUUAAGAACCAUCGAGAGAA